AGUAGUGGUAGUACCCAGUCAGCUGAAGCGAAGAUUUUAGCGCUUGUUUCGCACAAGUGCACAAUGUCGGGGUGUUUGUGAAAACGGUGAAACAGUUUCUACAAAGAAACAAAACGCCUGGCAUGUCGAAACAACCCGACAUGCAGACCGAGACGGAGGACGAGGGGGAUGUUUCCCCUGAAGAGUAUGUUGCCCUGUCUGACUUCACUGGAGCUGGGAGCGACCAGGUUAGAGACUCACACUGGUAUACAACCGCACACUUAAAGUAGAAAAUUAAGUUCCAACUUUCUCUUUUGUACACUUUCCCCUGUUUUUGUCCACGAAGCUCACUUUUAGCUGCGGGGACAGACUGCUCGUACACGCCAAGCCGUCGUCGGAGUGGUGGUGGGCAGAGGUGCGCGAGGUCAUAGGUUACGCUCCUGCCAGCUACCUGCGCGAGAGAGCCACCGACGAGGAAGAGGAGGGGGAGGAUGACGCCUGUCCAGAUGACCCAUGGCAAGAUGAAGAGUAUUUUGGCAGUUAUGGGACUCUGGUUAGAAAUGUCAAUGCUUUGCAUGUGCCAGAAAUGUAGAGCUUGAUGUAAAGAGCAUCUAAGUGUAUUUGAAGUUGACUGUGUGUGGCCUUUAGGAAAAACAACACUACCAACAACAAUACUUAUUACUCUAAUAUCAUUAUCAUUAUAAGUUUCAUUCAUGAUAUACAUAUUUUAUGUAGCAAUAUUUAGCAUUCUACAUUGAUACUACAAAAAAUAAGAGUGGUUCCAUCUGAUAAAGUGAGUUGAACAGCUGGUUAUAGACUCACAUAUUUGAUUUAACAUGUUUGUCAUUUUAUGUAGUGAAAUGCCUCUGAUUCAGCUAAACUUAGGAUUUAUGAGUAAAUAGUACCCAGACUUGCUCUCAAAUGUCUCUCCAACACAGACAGAUAAAUAUCACGUGUGCUUUCUUGCAGUCGGAGAGAGUGGGAUAAGAUGAGCCAUUUUUCAUAUUUCGUAUCACUACAUCAGGGCAAUCAUAGUUUGGUCUCUAACUAGUGUAUCUGCAUAUAUUUCAAAAUGUUGUUCAUCCCUGCAAACCAACAGAAUGAGAGUAAACAUAACUGUCUUGAUAAUAUGGCAUUCCAAAAAGAAGUGGUCUCCUAUGGUCAACUUACCCCGUUUAUGGGGCAAGUUGACCAUAGGAGCGGGGUAAGUUGAGCCGUAUGCCCCUUUCUCCUGGUUGAAGCUCUAACUUCCUCAGUCUAUGUCUGUCAGUCAAGGUUUAGGUGUUUAACUGUGUUUGUUUCUCUGCAUCUGUAUGACUCAGCUAAUAGGUUGUCCAUGCUAAGUUAUAUAUCAGCUGUUGUUUCACUGUGUUUGUGUCACACAGAGGCUUCACUUGGAGAUGUUGUCAGACAAGAGCCGCACAGAGGCGUAUCGGCAGGUUAUUCUCAGCAACAGUGCCUCUCUGCGGAAUAAGGUGGUGAUGGACCUGGGCUGUGGGACUGGCAUCAUCAGCUUGUUCUGCGCCCAGCUGGCAGAACCAUCAUUGGUAAUACAAACACCGGUUACUCAAACACUGUGGCUCUUCACACAUAAAUGCAGGCUGCUGUUCAUGUGCUGUGCUGUGAGGAGAGAGUAUGGGGUUCCCUUAUCUGAAUUGUUUUGACUUACUUUUGGAAACAGUCUUAUCCUACCCCAGCCUUAUAAAUGCAGCCAUCACAAGAUGUUACUGGUUUGUCAAAACUCAAAAACAUGUUCGUAAAAGGUAGUAAGAUACCCCAAACUUUUCAGUUAUGUUUCAAAACCGAGCUUUUCGGUCAGUUGUAUUGGCCAGAUGGUUUUUCACCAUAAUAAUCACAAGUUACAUUAUGGUUACGAUUUCCACAAAAUAAAACAACCAUUUAGUUUAACAAAAUUAUGAUAUAUUUAAACACAAGGCUUUAUACAACCUUUUUUCUAUUACAUAGUAUAUAAGCCCCCUCAUGACCUGAUCACAUACUUUGUUGUCAGCUCACUGCAGUUAAGUAUCUUCUAAAUAUCUUGAAAAUUUUACAUUCCUUUUUCAGAUAUGUUACAGAUAAAAUUUCUUACUCCAGCUUCAACACCUGCUUUUAUUUAUUUUUUUACCUUUAAGUUUACGCCUAAUCAAACAAUUGUGCACUUCUACUCCCAUCUGCUGGAGAAAGAGUGCAUCUACAUGGUUUAAAAAGGUCAUUCUGCACAGGUCUCUCUGUGUUAAUGUAGGUCUAUGCUGUGGAGGCCAGCUCCAUGGCGGAUUACACCAGACAGCUGGUGAAGCAAAACGGCUGUGAGGAGGUGGUCACUGUGCUCCAGGCACGAGCUGAAGAAGUGGAGCUUCCUGAGCAGGUGGAUGUCUUGGUGUCUGAGUGGAUGGGAAACUGCCUGCUGGUAAUAAUGACUCUCUCAAAAUUGCAAAUUAUGAUAUAUUGUAAUUUAUGGUGUGAAGAUUCUUCCUAAUUUGAGCCUUUCUCCAGAGGUUGUCAAAAUUCCUAGUGGAGGUCAUAUACUUUUCUUCCUCUUUUUGUUUGCUUUAGUUUGAGUUCAUGGUUGAGUCAGUUCUGCAGGCCAGGGACUGCUGGCUUAGGGAAGGUGGAGUCAUGUGGCCUUCGUCUGCAGCCCUCACCUUGGUGCCGUGUCAAGCCCACAGUUACUACGAAGAGAAAAUGGCCUUCUGGGAGCGACCCUAUGGCCUGGACUUCACUCCUCUUCAGUAAGGGCUGUUAGCUAGGUAGCUAUUCUCAGUUUUUCAUGAGCUAUUUCCCAUAAAGCUGGAUGGUAAUCAUACCUUUGGCUUCAACUAUGAUUGGCAUGUAUGAAAGAUACAUGACAAUCAUAGUUGAAGCCACAGGUAUGGUUGCCAUGGUGAACUGAAUGACAGUAACACCCAAAUGGGGCUGAUGCCACUGGGCUGUGAUGAACAGAUGUACUGUGUACAAGAGAAUCUACAGUCCAUAGUGCUUAACUUAAUUUCAAACGCAUGAUUGUAUCAUAAGUUAAGAGGGAUUCAGUUAACUUUAAAACACUCUGCAUUGCUAUGAAAACACGGUCACAGAUUUAACUUUCACUUGCAUCAUUGUUCUGCACAGAUUUAGGGUUAGCAAAUUUACUUUUGCUCUGAUUUUGUGUUCAAGAGGCAGGAAAGGAAAUAGCAGUAGUCGUACUCAGUAUUUUUCUGCUGCUCUCAGCUUCAUCUCAAAGAGUGUUUUUAAAAUCAGUUUUAAUCUGGUUUUAAACCCCUGCCCUAGUUCAUGAUGUGGCAUUUAUAAACUAAGUUAUUCAGCAUUCCUGUUACUGAAUCUCACAAGACUUUGAUGAGGUUUAUGAUUUUGUGUUGUCAUUUACAUCACAGCAUUUCAGCGACUCCUUUUCUUUCUUUGACAAUUUUCAAUCGGAACAUUUUUUACAAUAACUUACUGAAUUCAUCAACAGAAUGUACCAGACAUAGCCUGAGGGUGUCAAUGUGUAGUUGUACCUUGGUGUCUGUCAGUGCUUAGAUGCUUGAACAAGAUGACUCCUAUAAAACUUUAUCAGUUGUCAUCUUGUUCGACCAGUGUUUUUUUUUUUUGUAUUGUUGAACUAGAAUUUUAUUUUUACAGUUUGGUCAACAUGUAAAUCAUUAAAUUCGUUAAGUAUCGACAAAAGUUGUGGAAAAAAAAAAACAUGCGUUCGAAAAGCAGGAAUGCUGCAAAGUUUAAAAAACCAUGAUCAUUAGAAAAGCAGAAGAAAUCAUAAUACAAAAUAUCAAUAUGUGUUAUCACUUAGUCAAGUUCACUUGAGAAUCAAAGCUUUAAUAACUGGGGACAAAUAAUGUCUGAUAGGCUGAUUUUAUCUUUUACUGUAUGAAUGGAAUUAAUAUGGUCAACACUUGCGCUACCAUAAAUAAUCUGUUUUGAAUCAUAAGUGAUCUUACACGUUUUAAAAUCCAUGUUUUCCUUUUCUCUCUAGUUCAUGAGGUGCAAACAGCAACCUGCUCUACUGGUGGUUUAAGUUUCAUUUCAUCUCUGCAGGCCCUUGGCACAGCAGGAGUUUUUCACCAAGCCAAAGUUCAGCCACCUCAUCGAACCCGCUGACUGCCUCGCCACUCCCUCGGAUGUUAUUCUUCUGGAUAUGUACACGCUACAAGUCAAAGACCUGGAGGUAUGAUGGGUGUGUACAAUCCUUUCAUAGAAAUCACUUCACAGGAAAAGAGUAGGGCUUUAAAACAACUCUUGUGUUUCGUUUUUCAGGAAAUAAAGGGUCAGUUUCAUUUUUGUGUGGAUAAGCCGGGUAGUUUCCAUGGAUUCACUGCCUGGUUUACGGUUCAUUUCGACAGCCUGGAGACAGGAGGUGCAACAGUGGAGCUAAACACCGGGCCUCAUGCUGAGUAAAAAGUUCAAAAACUACAGUUACAUCAGAAUGAAAAGACAGUUUAUUCACUGCCCCCGGCGCCUCUUUAAGUGCUUUCAGUGAUAUCACAUGCCAUUAAACAUCUUUUAAAUAAUAAGAAAUGGUGAUGCAUAUUUACAAAUACUUCAGACUGUAUAUUUAGUCUUUCAGUGUCUGAAGAAGACCAAAAUUGCAAUGCAUGACAAUAUUUUCCAAUUUCCUUUUAGGCCAACACACUGGAAGCAGACUCUCUUCAUGCUAGACAAGCCAGUCAGUGUGUGUGUAGGGGACAGCAUCAGUGGAACCAUUGCCCUGCACAGGAACCCCAUCUGGAGACGCCACAUGACCGUGAGCCUGGACUGGAACAUUCACAGCAGCACAGAGGCAACAGAAAACUGCAAGGCAAAUACCUUAACUUUACAUUAUGCAACAUAAUUAUAUUUUAAGCACUGAACAAAUUCCAUUUAUUAUCAUCACUGAGCGUUUUGAGUCUUUUUGCAAUGCCCCUCUAUUACAUACAUACUGUUGGUCCCCCAGGAUCCUGACUUGACCUUUCAGCUCCAUCAGUUCCUAAGUUGUUGUGUUUUUUUCUGUCCAUAGAUUGGCACAAAGAGUUUCCCCAUGUGGAGGUGACAGAUCCCCCAUCUGCAGAGGAGAUCCACUAUAAUGCAGUUCUUGCGGGGGUCAGGGUCAGUGAGGUAUCAGCUGUGAGCUGCUACUGACCGGGAAUAACAUGUGACUGUCUUGUUUGAAUGGCUGUGACAGUCAAAUGAGGCUCAUCCAGCGAGACAUGUCGACCUUCAGCUUUUGAACUAUAGACCCUGGUGAUUUAGCACACCAUGAAACAAGGGGGUGAUCCUGGAUGUAGUUCCAGGUUUGCAAAGUCUGUGAAGCAUUAUUUUAACUUUGAAACAACUGCUGACAGAGCAAGAAUGCAAGACAAGUACAGAAGGGUUAAGAACAGAAACAGACCGAUUUUGAGGAUGUCUCAAAGUGCAACCAAAUAAAUAUCCACAGCACUAUGCUUUUGUUGGUCUUCACUCUUUGCAUAUCGUUUUACAAUAAACAACACUGUUUGUACUUUGUACAGGUGUGACAGACGUCAAUCGACUUCUGUGAUCAUUAUAACCAUGUGUUGAAAUGGUUUGAGAUUAUUCUUUUUCCUAUUUUUAUGCCUACAAUUGACAUGAAAUAGACUUUAACUUCUGAAUUAGACGAGUUUAAAUAGGCAUUAAAACAUAAAAUCACACUGCUUGUAAAGAUAAAUACAAUAAAACUCGUAAAAUCAUUUCAGUAAAA